AUGCCCCCAGGCAGCACCAUCAAGGACCUCAAGGGCUUCAUCGAGGCCGACACCAACCUCCCUUCGGCGUCACAGAGCCUCUACCUGAACGGCCAGCCGGUAUCCAUCGAAACACAAACACUAGAGGAUGCCGGAAUAAGGGAUGGCGAGAUGUUGGCCGUGGUGAUGCGCGCCGCACCUCGACCAAACCGGAAUCUUCACCAACCCGGACGACCUACCCAGCCUGAUCCAGAGGGUGUUCGCCAGCUCGUCCUGAACGACCCGCAACAGAUGCAUAAGCUGCGUCAAGGCGACCCCGAGCUCGCCGCUACUGUCAACGACGCUGCCCGCUGGAGAGAGACGUACGCCAUGCGACAGCGACAAGCAGAGGAAUCUGAGCGCGAGCGUCAGAACCAGAUCGCCCUGCUCAACGAGGACCCCUUCAACGUCGAGGCACAACGGAAGAUUGAAGACAUUAUCCGCCAGGACCGCGUCGUCGAGAAUCUGCAAAAGGCCUACGAUGAGAACCCCGAAGUAUUCACACGCGUGCACAUGCUCUACGUCAACACCGAAGUCAAUGGCGUACCCGUCAAGGCCUUUGUUGAUUCCGGCGCCCAGGCCACCAUCAUGUCACCCGACUGUGCAGAGCGGUGUGGAAUCAUGCGUUUGAUGGACGUACGGUACGCCGGUAUGGCACGUGGUGUCGGUACGGCACGUAUCCUGGGUCGUGUGCACCACGCCGAGAUCAAGAUUGGAGGUGCCGUUAUGCCGUGCGCCUUCACUGUCAUGGAAGGCAAGGACGUCGAUCUGCUGUUUGGUUUGGACAUGCUCAAGCGCUACCGCGCCAAGAUUGAUCUAGAGAAGAACGCACUAUGCUUCGAAGGUCAGGAAGUACCUUUCUUGCACGAGUCUGAGAUUCCCAAGAGCUUCGAGGAGGCCGAGCUAAACGAGCCUACCGUUUCUGGUCCCAAUGGAGAGGAAAUCGGUGCCAAGACGGGUGCAGUGCGGCCCAAGGGUUCUGCUCAUGCUGGUCCCUCCAACGCUGCAUCAUCGUCAUCGUCUCAAUCGGCUCAGUCGGCACAACCGCAAGCAGCACAGUCCAAUGCAUCCAAGGCGCCCCUGUCGUCUCCAACCCCACUUAACUUUCCUCGGGAGCACGUCCAACAGCUGAUGAGCAUGUUCCAUUGCAGCGAGCUAGCAGCCAGGCAAGCGCUGGAGAUGUACGGGGGCGAUGUCGAACUUGCCGCGGGUUUCCUUCUCGAAAGCAUCGACGAAGAUGACCCGGCGCAGUUCCUAAUCACUCGUCGGUACUCGGCUUGGUUACACGAGCGGUACUGGGAAGACGCACGACGACGACAACGACAACGACGACGGCCUUAUUGA